GCCAUCAGUUACACAGGCUUUAGGUGUAGUAGGUGUUGGUGUAAGUGGUGGGAGUGUGAAAGUUGGAAGUGGAACACAAUCCUCAAAUCAGUCAUCAACUCUGUGUGCUGCAUCAACUGGUGUUCCUCCAUCACCAAGUGCCACAGUCUUGCAACUUCUUCUCAGGUUGCCUAAUGGUCAAGCCAUUCCGGUUGAAAUCCCCACUACACCAAUGGUCUCCAGUUCCAGUACAAAUACAACUGUGACAACUGUCUCUGGGUCUCCACCUCAUAGUGGAGAAUCUAAAGUCCCACAACCAUCUCUUGCCAAGAUGAGCAGCCGCUAUUAGGUGUAGAGAGAAGAAGAAGAAAUGGAUCGAGAAUUUAUCUAUGAAGUAUGAUGAACUUGGAUCAAUUAACCUGAAGCUGCAGACCGAAGUUUCAGGCUUGCGUUCUGAAGUUGCUGCCUUAAAGUCCAUGUUACUACAGCACAAAGACUGCCCUGUAACCCUUGCCAUGCAAGGAGACAACUGUGUUGAUGGUAUGAACAGCUGUGAUAAUCUGAAUCCUCUGCCACCAAUGCUGACGCCUCUUAUGGACGGAGUUCGCCUCACCUCACAAGCAACCCACAAACCUCGCACGCGUUCGCUCUCGCUGCCUUCCAUCCCCUCAUCCACAGCAUCGCCAUCUGACCCACUGCCAGUUAAUCUGUCUUGCUCUUCAUUUCCGACAACGUCUGUUUGCUCGCCGGUGUCAUCAUCAACAAAGGUACUGGACUGAAGAUUUCUGAAUAGGCGUUUCAUUGUUACCUAAUUCUUUAUAAGAUUUAAUAUAGAGCUUUGUUUCAAAUAGUUUGUUUCAUUUACAAUAAAGGGCGACAUAUUCUAUUUGCCUUCAUCAUGUUACAUUGAUGUUUAACUUAACAGCAAUAUAAAUUGUUACUUUUAUAGCCUCUGUGUUUUCCACAGAACAAAUGUGGCAUUUUAAUAUAAGCUAUGUUCCUGCUAUAACAAGCAAAUAGUAAGAUCACUUUUAUUUUACACUUGUGUACUGAUGUUACUGCAAACUAUUGAUAGAGGUAGCAUACAUUUUGUAUGAAAAUUGCAACUCAUUUCAAGUAAAUUUGGAUGAAAUA